CGAAAAUUUUAUAUUUUUUAGUCUAAUAUGUAUAAAAUGACAGUAGAGGAGGCUAUUUGUAACAAAAAAAAAAUUAGCCCCCCACCCUCCCCCCCCCCCCCCCCCCCCUAUGAUAAAGCUCCGCCCAUGAUUGGUAUAAAUCACACUAGUAAACUAAAGCUUCAUAGUAAUCGUUUGAUUGAUUUAGACGUCAUAUAACCAAUAAAGAAAAACAUAUACUAGUCUGAAAACCGGUCUUAUAGUCUAUCGGGUUAUACCACUUUAAAAAAUCCCUCUUAAGGAUAGAAAUCCCAACCCAAACUCUUCAACCCAACCCGAACCCAACUCAAUAAAUAGUAGGUUGGGUUGAGAUUUUAAACCCGUUUAAUUAAAUGGGUUGGAUUAAUGUUGAAAUUUAUAACCUCCUAAUCCGUUUAAAAUUUUUAAACAUUUUUUUGUAUUAUUAUUAUUUAGUUAAUUAUUAUAUUUUGAUUAUUUUUUAUUUAUCAAAAACCAUGGAAGUCAAGUUGGUAAAAGUGAUAGUCAAGUUGUAUAAAAUUUAAAAAUAAAACAUUUAUAAUAUUUUAUGGUUAUAAACACUUGAUUUAUGUUUGUGUUAGGGCCUAUAAGUUUAUUGUUGUAUUUUAGAAACUUGAACAAUUACUAUGUCUUUUAAAUUGUAUGUAAUUUUAUUUGUUGGAUUAUUUGAUUUUUAAAAGGUUUUUUGGAAAAAUUAAAACAGGUCAACCCGAUUUUAAUCUGUUUAGUAAAUAGGUUGUGUUGGAAAAACAAUAAACAAGCGAACCCGAUUUCAACUAAUUUACUAAAAUAGUUGGGUUGUGUUAGGAAUUCUUAACCUGUUUACUUAACGACCCAACCCAACCUAAUACCACCCCUAGUUAGGCUUGCACAAAAAAAACCGGUUCAGGAUCCGAACCGGUCACUGAACCAGUAAACCGGUUCACCAUGAACCGGUCCACUAUGAACCGAACCGAUUCAAGAACCGAACCGCCGGUUUGAACCCGUUCGAGAUUUUAGACAUUGAAACCGGUUUAAUAACCGUGAACCGGUAGUCAAACCGAUCAAACCGGUUUAGAACCGAUUGAACCGGUUCAGAAUCGGUGUAACCGGUUUAGAUAGGUUCGAGUUUAAUAAUGAUGGAACCGGUUUAAGGUUGAACCGGUUUUACUAUUCACGAAUCGGAACCGAACCGGUUCGGUUUGAAAAAAAAAACGGUUUGCUCACCCCUACCCCUAGUCCCUCUUAAGGCUGGUGGCAAUUUUAUUGAUUAAUAAGUUUUAAAACAGCUUUAUUAGCUAAUAAGGCCAAUUUUCUUGGUCAUUCUGUUAUGUAUAUUAUGUAAAAGAAACAGUUAAAAAGGCCCGUGGCCCAUAACCGCCUAACCGGUUAUGAAUGACCAUUUUCUUUGACCCAGGUCUGGUUAUAACGACAUAGGGGGCCAUUUUUUGUGCAUCUCUAGCCUCUAGGGUGGAAUUCUUCUAGGGCCAUCGGCUUUAGGAAAGAACCAUGAAUUUAUGCUAUGGAUUUUCCCCUCAUGGAGCACUCCGAUCCUCGAAACAGUAGCAAGUCUCGGUCUUUUGUUCUUCCUCUUUCUCGUAGGCCUUGAACUCGAUCUCACUUCCAUUCGUCGGAGUGGAAAGAAAGCGUUAGUAAUCGCCACAGCCGGAAUCUUAUUACCGUUCUUGUUCGGAAUCGGAAUCACAUUCCUACUCCGGAAAGCCAUUUCCGGAGCCGAUAGAGUUGGAUACACCCAAUGCUUUUUGUUUAUGGGAGUUUCCCUCUCCAUCACUGCUUUCCCAGUGCUUGCUCGAAUACUAGCCGAGCUCAAAUUGUUGACAACUCCGGUAGGCGAGACGGCCAUGGCGGCGGCGGCAUUUAACGAUAUUGCCGCCUGGGUUCUAUUGGCUCUCGCAGUGGCACUCGCUAGCGGGAGCCACCAGAACCCAUUGGCGUCACUUUGGGUGUUGAUAUCCGGUGCUGGAUUUGUCAUCUUUAUGGUUGUUGUAAUCCGGCCGACUAUGAACUGGGUGGCUAGCCGGUGUUCUAACCAUGGUAAAGUUGAAGAAGGGUACAUAUGUUUGACUCUAGCAGGGGUUAUGUUAUCAGGAUUCAUGACAGAUUUUAUCGGAAUUCAUUCGAUAUUUGGUGCAUUUGUUUUCGGAUUAAUGAUUCCGAAGAACGGGGAAUUUUCCGGGAGGUUGAUUAGGAGGAUUGAAGAUUUUGUUUGUGGGCUUUUGUUACCAUUGUACUUUGCUUCAAGUGGACUGAAAACCGAUGUGAAUAAGAUAGAAGGUGUGAAGGCGUGGGGGUUGCUAGCGGUGGUGAUUACCACCGCUUGCACCGGAAAGAUUCUUGGGACGUUUUUGAUGGGAAUGGCAUGCAUGAUUCCGAUGAGGGAAUCGUUCGCUUUGGGGUUAUUGAUGAAUACCAAAGGUUUGGUUGAACUUAUUGUUCUCAACAUUGGCAAGGAGAAGAAGGUACUCAACGACGAAAUGUUUGCAAUCCUAGUAAUGAUGGCACUUGUUACAACAUUCAUGACAACACCACUAGUGAUGGCGGCAUACAAACCGGCCCGUAACAUCACCGCCACGGUCCACCACCGGUCACUUAGCGAAUCAUCAUCUCACCAUUCACAAACACUACAAUCCAACCUUCGGGUAAUCGCCUGUGUCCAUGGCCCACAAAUCUCACCCUCAAUGACCAAUCUAAUCAACUUAAUCCAAUCCCCCAACACCUACUCAACCCUAAAGCUCUACAUCCUACAUCUAAUUGAACUGACCGAAAUGUCCUCGUCAAUAGCCAUGGUGCAUCGGGUCCGUAAAAACGGUGUCCCGUGCUUCACGGGUAAUAAAGGAUCUGAGGUUGGGUCAAAGUCAAAUAAAGUCAAGGUGCGGAAGUCAACCGCCAUCUCAGCGUUGGCAACAAUGCAUGAGGAUAUAUGCCAUGUGGCGGAGAGGAAGAAGGCUACGAUCAUCAUUUUACCCAUACAUAGACCAUGUCAGGAAGGAGAGACGGGACACUGUUGGGAAGUUGUUAACAGGAGUGUUCUUAUGCACGCGCCGUGCACGGUGGCGUUGAUGGUGGAUCGUGGUGGCUUUGGGGUUGACUGUGACCGGAAAAGGGUUUGUGUGGUGUUUGUGGGCGGUCCGGAUGAUCGAGAAGCGGUUGAGUUGGGCGGCAGGCUGGCUGCACUGCCUGAUACAAAGGUGUCCUUAAUUAGGUUCGUAAUGAAAGGCAAGGAUAAUAGACAUCCCGAAGAUGUAGAUAUCGAGAAGGAACUGGAUGAGAGGUUGUUAGAAGAGUUCAUAAGGCGGUGGGAUGGGGAAGCCGAAUAUGUUGAGAAGUCAACUCACAACAUGAUGGAGGAGCUACUUGCAAUAGGGAAGAAUGAAGAGUUUGGGCUUGUGAUUGUAGGCAGAGGGAGGUUUCCGGCAACCAUGGUUGCCGGAAUCCUUGAACGGGAAGCUGAAAGGUCACUGGAAUUGGGAGUUAUAGGGGACUUGCUAGCAUUUUCCGGUGGUCAGGAAAUUGCAUCUUCUGUUCUAGUGGUCCAGAAACAUGAACAAGCUAAAGAAGACCAAGAGAGAACCAUGUUUGACCAACAUUUGGUCUAAUAAUAGUAAGGCAUAAAUGUAAUAUAUUAAUGCUGUCGUACAAUAUGAUGUGUGUUUGGUUUGGAAUCCUACAGAAUUGGAAUUCAAGAUUCCAUUCCAUGGUGUGUUUGCUUGCCAAGUA